AUGGUCGAUUUCUGUUCUGACGUAAACUUCGCCAACGUUGUAGAUGUUCCCGACUACUCAAUUGAAGAGCUUACACCUUUCGUUUUGGCUGAAUGGAUUAGAACGUUUUAUGAAACUAAAUGGAUAUUUUCAACGAAUGGAGCUAUAGGAACAAUUCAAAGCGGUUUUCUGUUUCUAACUCCUGCCAAUAUCGCCGGGAAUAAUAUCGAAAAAGACACUAACUUUGUCUAUGAUGUCACCACCAAAGAUCUUUUAUUCGAACCAGCGAACAGCCAGUUGACUCCAUGUGCCACUGUGAUUGCCUACUUAUUACAACUAACAAGAUGUUCUACUGUCAUUCACACUUGCAGCGAAGCGUCAAUUGAAGUAACUAGGAUGCAAGAGGGCAAUUUCGUCUUGCAGGUCAGCGGGAAUGAAUGUAUAAAAGGAGUUUGGGAUUUUUACAAGAACGCUCAUUAUGUAAUCAAUGAUACCUUAUGUAUUCCAAUUAUCGAGAACGAACGGAAUGAAGAGGAACUAUUGAAGUCUCUCAAGACAUUGUUCGAAUAUCCCAUUCCCAGCUGUGCUGUACUUAUCAGAGGUCGUGGUCUUUAUGUUUGGGGACCAAGUUGGGAAUUAGCUAAAACUUCAUGUGAAAAUAUUGAGAAUAUAUUAGAAGAAGAGUUUUUAACGCUAUCACUAAUUCUCUAG